AUGGAUACUAUCAUGACCAGCCUGCCACCGGAGGUGGGGACGAUCUUGAUGCAAAACAUUGGGAUCAUACAGGUUGUGUCCAUGUUCGCGAUUGGCGCAUAUAAUGCCCUCGAAACUGGCAUCGUGACCUUUGACACCUUCAAGCACUACCGCGGCCUCUACUUCUGGACCAUGAUUCGCUUCGUCUCAGUGGCCCCAAACCUGCCCAUGUCCAUUCCUUUCAUCAUCGGCUGGUACGCCAUGGUCACCGGCCAAGCCCUGGUGCUAUACUCCCGACUCCACCUUGUCGUCUCCGACAUAAAAAGUCUGCGCUGGGUACUCUGGAUGAUCAUCACCAACGCCUUGGUCCUACACGUGCCUAUGACAGUCCUCUUCUUCGGCAUCGAGAAUAAUUGCACCCUCGCCCGCGCAGCCGCAAUAUAUGACCGCAUCCAAGUGACAGGCUUCUCUCUGCAAGACUUUGUGAUUUGCGGUAUCUACAUCCGCGAAGCCCUCCGCGCUCUCGGACCCGUCCUCGAAGCUCGCGGCAAAGAAGGACGGAAGGUCAUCAUUCACCUGAUCUUGGUCAACGUACUCGUCGUGAUAAUGAACUGCCUCCUCCUAAUAACCGAGUACAAGCUACACUAUGUGCAAGUCAGCUUCAAGACUGUUGUCUACAGCGUCAAGCUGAAGCUCGAAUUUACCAUGCUCAACCGUCUACGCUCACUGACACGCACACAACCCUGCGUCUGUCAACAAUCCCAGCAACAGGACCGCCGCCAAUGCAGAUCCGCUGAUGUCAACAUUUUCGACAUGGUCUCAGCACACUCUCGCAUGCCGCGGAUGGAUAUCGAGGACAUGCCCGCCUUCGUGCAUAUCCGUAUGUCGCCCCGGUCGCUCUCUGUGCCCAGCAGCACGAAUGACUUUCACGAGGCGCUGCGAGAGACAUCGUUGAAUGACAACAUCAUUACCCCCGUGGAUACGUGUGUUCGUUCGGCUUCGACGCUUUCCUCUGAAUCUGUCUUAGCCACGCACGGGCUCGUCAGAAACAAAUACCACAGUAGAGAUGAGACUUCCUAA